GUGACCCGGACAGGCGGCCAUGGCGGAGGUUGGUGCCCUGUUCGGACCACGCCCUCACGCCGGAAGGACUCCAUCACUCCGCCCACUCACGCCCAGCCUCUCGCGCCCAACUCUCCAAGUCGUGCGGGGAUGUAUCGCCGCCCGCGGACGCCACGCUGCCGUGGGCGUCGCUGGACGUGCGCCGCUCGGACCCGAGCCUGCCGCGGGAAGCCCUGGACGCCCGCAUCUGCCCCGCCCUCCGCCGCGUCUCCGAGAUGUUCGUGGGCUCAGUGCCUUUCAUGACGGCCCCGGGAGAGGAGUCCUCCCCCCCGCCGCGCCCCGCGACGGACGCAGAGGGAGGGAAGGGCGUCGUGUGGACGCCGCACGCCGCCCUCCGCUCCUGCUUCGUCUCCUCUGCGCACGGCUACACGCCCUUCAAGUACAAUCGCUUCGACGGCGGCGGCGCGGACUGGGCCCCCGGAGCCUCUGUCGCAGAAGUCUCGCUGUUCGGAGGGCGGCGCGAGGUCCUAGAUGGCGAGAGGGAAAAGGGGCUUUAUUAAAUCAGCUGAUUGAAGAGAGAAUAUGGG